AUGUGGAGGAGGCAGAGCAGAGACAACAGAGCAGCAAUGGUCCCUGAAGCUCUACCCCAGCUGUCCUUCAGGCUGGAUGCAGCCGUCCAAUCCCCUCAUCCCGACCUGCUGAUCCUAAACCAUCCCCACUCUGUGCCAAGUGGGCAGGCCAGAGCAACGUCCAUUAUGUAUGUGAUGGGUGCCCUGGGACCUGCUGCUGGUUACCUGCUGGGAGGUGUCCUCAUAGGCUUCUACGUCGACCCCAAAACUGUUGUAAACAUCGACCAGAAUGACCCCCGCUUCGUUGGCAACUGGUGGAGUGGUUUUCUCCUCUGUGCCAUCGCUAUGCUUCUGGUGAUCUUCCCCAUGUUUGCCUUUCCCAAAAAGCUGCCUCCACGCCACAAGAAGAGGAAGAAGAAAAAGAUGGGAUCAGCAGGCGACGUGUCCAGCGACGAUGAUGUGAUGAAGGAGAAGUCCAGUAGCAAGGGCCAAAAUGUGUCCUCGUCUAUGGGCUUUGGAAAGGAUAUCAAAGAUCUCCCCAAGGCUGCGCUAAGGAUCCUCAGCAACGUGACCUUCCUGUUUGUCAGCCUCUCCUACACAGCUGAGUGUGCUAUUGUCACCGCCUUCAUCACCUUCAUCCCCAAGUUUAUUGAGUCACAGUUUGGCAUCCCUGCCUCCAAGGCCAGCAUAUACACAGGCGUGAUCAUCGUGCCCAGCGCCGGAGUGGGCAUCGUGUUGGGGGGUUACAUCAUCAAGAAGCUGAAGCUCGGCGCGAGGGAGUCAGCCAAGCUGGCCAUGAUCUGCAGCGGCGUGUCUCUGCUCUGCUUUUCCACGCUCUUCAUAGUCGGCUGCGAGAGCAUCAAUCUGGGAGGCAUCAACAUACCCUACACCACUGGCCCCACCCUGACCAUGACCCACAGGAACCUGACGGGCAGCUGCAACGUGAACUGUGGCUGCAGGAUCCACGAGUACGCCCCCGUCUGCGGCUCCGACGGCAUCACCUACUUCAACCCCUGCCUGGCUGGAUGCAGCACCGUGGGCAACGACAGCACCGGAGGCAGAAACUACACGGACUGUGGCUGCGUGCAGAGCCGGCAGGUCAUCACGCCGUCCUGCGGCGGCCAGGGCAACCAGCUCCAGCUGGUCAUCGUCAAGACCUACCUGAACGAGAACGGCUUCGCCGUGUCGGGGAAGUGUGACCGCACCUGCAACACGCUCAUCCCCUUCCUCAUCUUUCUCUUCAUCGUCACCCUCAUCACCGCCUGUGCCCAGCCCUCCGCCAUCAUCGUCACCCUCAGGUCUGUUGAUGAGCAGGAGAGGCCGUUUGCUCUGGGGAUGCAGUUUGUUUUGCUCCGAACUCUGGCCUACAUUCCGACGCCCAUCUACUUCGGCGCCGUGAUCGACACCACCUGCAUGCUCUGGCAGCAGGACUGCGGCGUGCAUGGCUCCUGCUGGGAGUACGACGUCACCUCCUUCCGCUUCGUCUACUUCGGCCUGGCCGCCAGCCUGAAGUUCGUGGGCUUCAUCUUCAUCUUCCUCACCUGGUACUCGAUCAAGCACAAGGAGGCGCGGGCCGAGCGCUGGCGCCAGCACCUGCCUCCGCUGGGCACCGUCAGCGAGCUCAUCUGCCACGCCGGCGGCCAGAAGAGCCACGCCCGCACCCGCUCCUGCCCCGUCUUCAUCCCGCCGCGGGCCGAGCCGCCCGCCGCCGCCCUGCUGCUCAGCCGCGGCCACAGCAGCCUCAGCUGCCCGGGCAACGCGCUCAAAGCAAUAACCGCCCCCAUCCUGGCGCCGCACCCCCACAGAGGCUCCGCCCACGUCUGA